AUUUAAAAGCUGUGGUGUGCGGCGUCUCCGUACUUGUAUCUAUUUUGAAUAUUGUAAGAAGGGAACAGGAACCAGGAUUGUGAAAAGACAGUUUAAAUGGUUUAAAGUUUAAUUAAUUAACGUAUUUAAAUUCAUUUAUUUGAAUUAUUGGCUGCACUAAAGCACUAAAUAUUACGUUAUAAGAACGUCAUUACCAAUAUUGAUCCAUGAGUAAAUCAAAAGUUUCGGCAGAAUGGAAAAAAAGAAUCAAAUCGGAGUAUAUGCGUCUCCGACAAGUAAAGCGUUUCAAACGCGCCGACGAAGUAAAGGUGGCUUGGGCGCGAAAUUUACGGAUCAUGUCAGAGGCGGUCGAAAAUCGAGAAAAUGAAACUUCAGAACGCGGCAGAAGGCCCUACUGGCCAGCACCUGGACCAAGUUCAAGCCACGAAAGUCUUAUGAAAAGGGCAGAAGUUACUUCCACUGAUGCAUCAGGAGUAGUAACAAUGCAGCAAGUACCGAUACGCAUUAUCAACUCGGUAAACCCCAUCCCCACUAUGUACACAUGGGCUCCGACACAGAAGAACUUUAUGGUGGAAGAUGAGACUGUCCUUCAUAAUAUACCGUACAUGGGUGAUGAGGUACUGGAUCAGGAUGGAACGUUUAUUGAAGAAUUGAUUAAGAACUAUGAUGGGAAGGUGCAUGGUGACAAAGAAGGUGGUUUCAUAGAUGAUCAACUGUUUGUCGACUUGGUUCAUGCUCUGAUGAGCUUCCAGACGAAGGAUGAAGUUGCGGAGGAAAGGAGUAGAAGGGAAUCUUGCAACUCAAAGGAAGAUAAGGAUAAAGAUACUGGGAAAGACACAAAAGAUAAGGACAAAGAGGAAAAUAAAGAUGCAGAGAAAAAGAUCAUAAAUGAGAAACAGUUCCCAAUCUUUACAAUUUUUCAAGCCAUCAGCUCACAAUUUCCAGACAAAGGAACUGCUCAGGAGUUGAGGGAGAAGUACAUAGAGCUGACAUCUCGAAGCGACCCCAACGCCUUACCGCCCGAGUGCACGCCCAACAUUGACGGACCUCUCGCCGAGUCCGUCUCCCGCGACCAGACCAUGCACUCCUUCCACACGCUGUUCUGCCGCCGUUGCUUCAAGUACGACUGCUUCCUGCACCGAAGUCAGACAACAGGUCUCCAGGCAUGCCACCCUCGCCCUAAUUUGUCAAAACGAAGGGGACCAGACUUGAAACCUUUCUCCGAGCCGUGUGGACCUAACUGUUACGUGUUAUUGGAUGGUAUGCGCGAAAAACUGGCUCGCGAGAAAGCUCUAGGAGAAGCGGGAGACGCGGAAGCUGAUGAUAAAUCUAAAGCCCUCGACUCUCCAAACGACGCGUCUUCUGAAGACAGCAAUGAUUCUAACCGAUUCCAAAAAGGUGGUAAUAGUAAUUCCAGCAACAGUAACAGCACAUGGGCCAACAAACACAGCGGUGACCAAGCCACUGAGCCGGCAUAUAAUGCUCUUGGUCUAACAUUAGGUGAUCCAGACGCAGAAUGGACAGGUUCAGACCAGUCGCUGUUCCGGGCUUUACACAAAGUGUUUGCCAACAACUACUGCGCUAUUGCGCAACUGAUGCUUUCCAAGACUUGUCAGCAGGUGUACCGGCACCUGCUGGUGGCGGGCGGCGAGGCGCGCGGCGCGGAGGCGGAGCGCACGCCGCCGCGCAAGAAGAAGAAGAAGCACCGCCUCUGGUCCGUGCACUGCCGCAAGGUGCAGCUCAAGAAGGACUCCGCCUCGCACCACGUGUACAACUACACGCCGUGCGAGCACCCCAACCAGCCGUGCGACAACCUGUGCCCGUGCGUGCAGUCGCAGAACUUCUGCGAGAAGUUCUGCCAGUGCAGCAGCGACUGCCAGAACCGGUUCCCGGGGUGCCGCUGCAAGGCGCAGUGCAACACGAAGCAGUGCCCGUGCUACCUGGGCGUGCGCGAGUGCGACCCCGACCUGUGCACCGCGUGCGGGGCCGACGCGCCGCCCGCGCCGCACCCCGUCUACUGCCGCAACGUCUCCGUGCAGAGAGGUCUGCACAAGCACCUGCUGCUGGCCCCGAGCGACGUGGCCGGCUGGGGCAUCUUCCUCAAGGAGGCUGCGCACAAGAACGAGUUCAUCUCGGAGUAUUGCGGCGAGAUCAUCUCGCAGGACGAGGCGGACCGCCGCGGGAAGGUGUACGACAAGUACAUGUGCUCCUUCCUCUUCAACCUCAAUAAUGAUUUCGUGGUGGACGCCACCCGCAAAGGCAACAAGAUCCGUUUCGCGAACCACUCCAUCAACCCGAACUGCUACGCUAAGGUGAUGAUGGUGAACGGCGACCAUCGCAUCGGCAUCUUCGCGAAACGCGCCAUACAGCCCGGGGAGGAGCUGUUCUUCGACUACAGAUAUGGACCAACAGAGCAACUCAAAUUUGUCGGCAUCGAACGAGAAAUGGAGUUCUUAUGAUUUGCUUCAAGUUAUUAUUAACUUUUACUUUUUUUUUAUACGUUAAAUGUUUCAUUAUGAAUUGAACUUCAAAAAUGGAGGAGGUUAUCUAAUUAACUGUAUUUUUCUUGAAUAAUUCAAGCAUAAUCAUUAUUUAGAAUAUGACAUGUUCUCUUCAGUUGAUCCUUUAUUUGUGAAUGAAGUUAUGAAAAAA